CUUCUUUCAAAAACAUCAACCGAUCAUAAUGAUAUGAAACUUUUUACCGGCAGUGUAACUCUUUGAAAAUGACACUGAGUUUCAUCCAAAACACUUUCAAACGAGAAAGACAAGCAUUUUAUUAUACAGGAACCCACAAAAAGAGUGAAGCAGAAUAACAGCCAGAGCAGAAGUGUAAAUGCGGAACAGGAGAGAAAUGAGAUUCUCUUUCAUUAAGUGCACAAGCAGAACUAUAGUAAUAAUUAAAUGUGAAAUAUAUUAUCAGUCUAAACCAACACAACAAGCGUUGAAGAUGGCCGCUUGUGCCAUUUAUCUAAUAUCCGUCCCUAAUAAGAUGUCAGUGUGUUCUCAUGUGCCGGUCAGGAGGACACAGAAUACGGUUGCUCUUGAUAUUCCUGACAAAUGAUGUUGUUUUGUUUCUUAAACAGUAUAUUCUCAUCUCAUAUAGUAUAUUUUUCUUCUGUUCUCUUUCUGUAGUGGUCAUUACUGAGUAAAUGUGUCCAAAUGUUUGACCAGUUGUGUUGCUAGACAGUUUGUUUCAUCACAGUGUUUGUGAAUUGAUUUAGUCAAGUAUUUCACAUUUUUCUUCUAUAACAUGGUUCUGGAUUUGUGUCCGAAGGACCCAGAAUGUGUCGGGGGGAAGGAAAGUGCUGGAACGCAUGCGGCCCGGCGGCUGGCCAGCUGUCUUUUCUCCUCUCUUGACUGGCGGCUCCAACUGAGGGACAAAAAUAUCCUGCUGGACCCAGAACGAGGCUUUUACGCUGAGCUCUGGACCAAUUGACAGGCGUCCCGUCUGUGGUCUCGCACCGACACCUCCACACCCCCCUGCUGAACCCCGACAUGGUACAGCUGGAGGCUUCGGCUAUUUUAGUAAGUGCUGGUGAAUCCCAGCUGCCAUACAGAAGCUCAUUGGCAUCAGUGAAGACGACAGACAUGGAGUUUGUGGAAGUGUUUGACUCUCCAGGGAAAGGCAGAGGUCUGCGGGCCAUCAAAGAGGUCUGGGCUGGAGACGUUUUGUUCGCUGAACCACCUUUCGCUUCAGUUGUCUUUGACAGUCACGCCGCCAACAUCUGUCACAGCUGCUUCCGGCGGCAGGAGAAGCUGCAGCGCUGCGGUCAGUGCAGGUUUGCACAUUACUGCGAUAAAACGUGUCAGCGCGCUGCCUGGGAAGAGCACAAGCAGGAGUGUGCAGCCAUCAAGAGCUACACCAAAGCACCCAAUGAAAGCGUCCGUCUCGCCGCUCGUAUUUUGUGGCGUAUGGAUAAGGAGGGAAGCGUGGUCUCCGACACGCAGCUGACCACCCUGGAGGAGCUGGAGGACCACAUCUACGACAUCUCUGAAGAAGACGCCAAGGACUUCAAAGUCGACAUACACAACUUUCUAGACUACUGGCCCCGUUCGAGCAAACCGCACACGGUGGACAACGUCUCCCACAUCCUUGGAGUGAUCAACUGUAACGGGUUCAUGGUGAGCGAUCAGCGAGGUCUGCAGGCCGUCGGCGUCGGUUUGUUCCCAAAUUUGUGUCUGGUGAAUCACGACUGCUGGCCCAACUGCACCGUCAUACUCAACAACGGCAAAAUUGAGCUGCGAGCUCUGGGAAAGAUCAACCCCGGAGAAGAAGUGACUGUGUCGUACGUGGAUUUUCUGAACCUGUCUGAAGAUCGCAGGCGUUUGCUGAAGCAGCAGUAUUUCUUCGACUGCACCUGCGAGCACUGCACCAACAAAAUCAAAGACGACCUCAAGAUGGCCGGAGCAGAGGUGGAUGGAGUGAAGGUGCCAGAAGAAAAGGUGAAAGAAAUCACAGAAUACAGCCGGACGAUGCUGGAAAAGAUGGAGAAGGCCCGGAUAGAAGCCAAUUACAACGAGGUGGUGAAGAUCUGCCGCGAGUGUGUGGAGAAGCAGGAGAACGUUCUGGCCGACACACACAUCUAUCAGCUACGCAUGUGGUGCACGCUCAGCGAGGUGCUCUCAUACCUGCAGUUCUUCGAGGAGGCGUCGACUUACGCCCGUAAAAUGGUGGAGGGAUACAUGAAACUGUACCAUCCCAAUAACGCUCAGCUGGGAAUGGCCACGAUGAGGGCCGGCGUGACGCACUGGCAGGCCGGAUUCAUAGAGAUCGCUCACGGCAUGAUCUGCAAGGCCUACGCCAUCCUGAUGAUCACACACGGCCCAGCACACCCCAUCACCAAAGACCUGGAGGCCAUGCGCAUGCAGACAGAGAUGGAGCUGCGCAUGUUCAAACAGAACGAGUACGUCUAUCACUCCAUGCGUGAGGCGGCACUCAAGAACCAGCCCAUGAGGAUGAUGGCAGAACCGGCCACCGACAGCAUCAAGAACCUGUUCCGCAGGAAGUGACCGAACCGCACCGUCAGCAUCCGCUGUGACGAAUUAACACGCUCAGGUCAACGCUACACUCACAGACACGUCUACUGUAUGCAUUUAGCAGACGCUUUCAUAAAAACAGAGGAACAAAAGCAGCAGCAUUCAGAAUUUAUGCAGUUAGACAUCUAGAUGAGGAAGCAAACCUCACAUAGCGCUGCUUCGAAUUUAGCAUUUUCUAGAUUAAUUUCUCUACAUGAUGAUUGUGUGACUCCAGUAAGGAUUUUUUUAGACUCUUCUUUGUUUUUGAGUGUCAUUUUGAAUUGUAAAGUUUUUGUAAUUAAAAUUUCUUGAGGUUUAAAGAAGGA